GAAUUCUUCUUGUGGGAUUUGGUGGCGCUGGGAGGGGACCAGGUUGUGUGCCUGCUGGGCUAUCUCUCCACACGGAGCCACACCCCCAGCCCCUCCGGGGCCCUCUUUAGGUCAGAGUCCUUGCACGUGCCCCACCUACCUCUGCGGGUCCCGCCCUUGACCUGCGGGUUCAGUCUCAGUCGACUCGGAGGCCCCAGCACCGCCACUCGCCCUGCCAUGCUGCGCCGGCUGCCCUCCAGGCUGUGGAGCAGAACUGCGAGGACUCAGUCAUGGAGAAAUAGCAGUCAGACCCCUUCCCCAUGUCUUAUCCGGAGACUUGACCACAUUGUGAUGACGGUAAAGAGCAUCAAAGACACCACCACCUUCUACUCCAAGGUCCUGGGCAUGGAAGUCACAACUUUCAAGGGAGACCGAAAAGCACUGUGUUUCGGAGACCAGAAAUUUAACCUGCAUGAGAUGGGGAAGGAAUUUGAACCCAAAGCCAUCCACCCCCUGCCCGGCUCCCUGGACGUCUGUCUGAUCACAGAGGCACCUCUGGAGGAGAUGCUCCGGCGCCUCAAGGCUUUUGAUGUCCCCAUUGAGGAGGGCCCAGUCCUCAGAACAGGGGCAAAAGGGCCGAUUAUGUCUGUCUACUUCCGAGACCCAGACAGAAACCUGAUUGAGGUGUCCAACUACAUCUCCUCAUGAUCACCAUCGCCCUCUGUUUCCCCUCGUGCAGGUCUAGAGGGCUCCAGCCAAGCCACAUAAUAAACCAGCAGUCUCCCUGAGUGUGCUGCCUGGGGUUUUGUCCAGGGUCCGACUUGUCUGAGCUCUUCAGAAGUCCAGAGCUGGGAGUGGUGGUGCACUGCAGGCUGAGGCAGGAGAAUCUGAAGUUUGAGCCCAGUCUGGACAAUUUAGGGAGAUCCUGUCUCAAACAAUUAAAAAAAGGCUGGGGUUGUAACUCAGUGACACAAAUAAAUGUUCGUGA